GAGAUCGCUGCAAUCAUGCUAAUCGUUGGGCGGAGGCGAGGGCGUCUGAAGUCAUCUUCAAAGUUGGCACUUCACAAUGUAACCUCAAGUUGGCAACACUGUCAUCUAUUCCCUCCGGGAUUGUUCAGCACCCAGAGACCGGCAGCCGGGCACAUGGCGAGCAAACUGAGGGCGCAGGAGGUGGCAGCCCUACAGCGGGCCCUGGAGUCCGAGAGGUUCGCCACCAAGUCGGCCCAGGAGAGGGCCAAGGAGCUCCAGCAGGCGCUCGACAGCGAACGGAGCGCUGUACGAGCGCUUAAGCGCGAGGCUGCCUCCCAAGCGCGGGCCAUCCGUGAGGAGGAGGCUAAGAAGUACAACGCCCUGAUAGAGCAGCUGAAAACCAAAAUGGAGUUGGCCCAGAAUGAGCUCGUGGCGAUGGAGAAAGAAUCCACGACUCGAGCUCUAACAGCACAGUUCCACCGGGAGCUUCAGACGCGCCAGGAAGAGUGGCGGCGAGACUCCAGAAGACAGUUGGAACCGCUGCAGGAACAGCUGAAGGAAGCGCAGCGAGCCUGUAUGGAGAGUCCGCCACAGCGGGAAACCGAGGCCCUGGUCCAUUCCUUGCACGCAGACUUCCACCGAAGCCUGCACCAAAAGCAAGAAGAGUGGCGCCGCGAAAGCAAAGCCCAGGUGGACGCUCUGACCAACCAGCUGCGGGAGCUCCAGCGCCUUUACACAGAUACUUGCAACAAACUCACGACGACAACGAACGAAGCCGAAACUAUCCCAAAACUGCGCCAAGAAAUACACACUUUGAAACUUCAAAAUAAGGAACUUGAAGAGAAAGUACAGAUACUUAUGGAAGCGGACAGGAGGAAGGUUGAAGAAUUCCGCAGCCAACACGAAGAAAACGCAGCUAAAAUUGCCGAAUUGCAACGAGCGGCCAGGAAGGAGGCAUUUCAACUGCUAGAGGAGAUCAAGAGCAAAGACCGUACCCUUGCCCAGUUACAGAGAGAAUACCACCUCCUGAUCAACCGACUCGGCGGCAGUCCCCCAGUCUUCGGACGCUCCAGGCUCAACUCUGAAACUUCCCAUGAGCGGCCUGGGGAGCCUCCAAGGCUUUGUGUGAAACGGCCAAAAACGCUGACGUUUUCUCCAGACGUGAAUAAACGGUUGCGGGCGCAGGAAGGACGUAAACCACCCGAUCCCCCAGGACCCGACACUGUAACGACGACAAAAGAAGAUGAUCAAAAGACAAACGAAAAAAGUACUACAAAUCCAUUGGAACCACUUAAGGAGGAGAUGGCUGGUGGACUGAAAACAGACAUGGUGACCAGCUGGACUAAGACAGUUGGAGUGGAGACACUGUACCAGCUGCUGUUGGAGGAACACCAGGAGCUACAGAGGAACCAUCACAACGCAGUCACUCGGCUGCGAGAUGAGGAGAAGAGCAGGAUACAAAUGGAGGAGCAGCUGCGAGAGAGUCGCAGAGCGGAAGGAGACAAUGCCAUCAACUUGGCAUUAGCAGAGCAGAUACAGACGCUGCAGGAGAGACAGGCCGAACUGGAGGCUGAGGCCCAGGAGUUGCGGGAGCAGAACGAUCUGCUGGAGUUCAGGAUACUGGAACUGGACGAUGGUGUUUGUGCCCACAGUUGCAGCAGCUAUCAGUUUAAGUCUCCAUCCAGCCGGAGCCCAGACACUCGAGAUCGUGAGAUCGACGAUGUGAGCGACAGCGGAGUCAUGUCCUUGCCUACGAGCGAAGACAUCAGCGAGGCGGACUUCCAAGACUUCAAAAUGGAGCCAAACAACAGGGACGUGAAGAGCAGACUAGCUCAGCUCUGCCAGAGCCUGGAGAAUGUUUCCGAUAGGAUCAGCAUCCAACAGGCGUUGGCACUGCUGCGGCAUUACGAGUCCAGGUUGGAGAACCUGGAGGCUACUCUGGCAGCCAUGUGUCAGGAGGCUACGCAGACAAAAACAGUCGACCACCUGCCCUUGACCAACAUGGAACAUGCUAAAUCACCGAGUAGAAUCAUUGCGACAGUUCUGCCAUUCACGGAACUGACUGCCACCUAUCACGGGAAGGACGUGAGGGACGACAUACCUCUGAAACGACUGCUGAGAGACCAAGACUGCAUGCAGGAGAGUGGGAUCUUCGAGGACGGAGGGUUGACCAACUGUGUUCUCCACGUGGCCACCCAGACGGACUGGACGUUCGAACCUCCCCAUGGAGAUCUGGGAGCGGAGAUACGCAAACUGACUCAGAUCCGAGAGCGGAUAGAGGAGAAGGGAGGGAACAAGAAACUACUCAAGACCCCCGAGACAGAUCAAGAGUUCCUAACACAUGCUUCACUUAAAGAGUUACUGUUCUACAGAGAUCGUGUUCAAGUGCUGGAAGAUAAACUUGCCAUUUACGAGAGUAGAGGGGACGAACAGUCGAAGUUGUUGGCGAUCAGGCUGGAGAAAGAAGUGUUGUUGGCAGCUCAAGUGAAACAUCUACAGAACACUGUCAGAAGACUGAAAGAGGAAAACAGAUAUCUGGAGGAGGAGAAGUGUGAAUUUGAGGAGGCGGAAAAUGAUACAAGAUUAAGGUGCCAAAAACUUGAAGUUAAACUUAGUGCAUUAGGUGAAAAGAAAAGUGAUCUUCAAGUUCAGCUGCAGCAGAAUGCAAGAACUAUGUCAAAUCUGCGCAGCACUCUCUCUGAGGAAGAACGGAAAAGGAAUGAAGCAAGACAGUACGCGGCAAAAAUGGAGGCUUUAGUGAACAGAUUAGAACAACAAAACUUUGAAAUGGAAGAGAAAGAAAUAGAAACUCGUUAUCGUUUGCACACACUGGAGAACAUUGUUCCUGCAAUGGUCAUGUACUAUUUAUGGAGGAUGUUAAAUGCUGUCAGACCUUUUGUCAAGGAUAGUCAGACAUUAACCAUCCACAGCUCAAACAGUGAUUCUGUACUGGUUAUAAAAUCUCCAAAACAGACCCAAGAAAAGCGCAAGAAGCUUAGGAGAAAUAGGCAAGACAGAGAGGAAGUACAAGACAAUUUAAGACGUAGUUUAGAAGAAAUACAACAGUUCCUAACCUCUAAGCAAAGGGGUGAAUCUGUAGACUGCCCUAAUAUUACGGUCGAUGCGGCGUUUUUAGUUAUAGAGGAGUUAUCCAACAGAUGUACUGAGCUCAAGGAAAGAAUCAAAGAAUUAGAGUUAAAAGAAAAGGUCUACCAAGAAACUCUUCUAAACGAGGAUGAAAUCUUAAAUAAGAUGGAAAUGGACUAUAAACACCAGUUGAAGUGUGCCGAAGAUGAGCUUCUUCACAAACAGGCAGAACUCGAGAAAGCAGAAGCCCAGCUGAGGAAGCAUGCUGGGGACAGAGAACUGGAAAUACAGUUCCAGGAGAGGCUGAACCAACUAGAAGCUGAAACAUUACAACUGCGUGAUGCUCUGUUACAAAAAGACAAAGAGAAAAAAGUAUUAGAAGGAGAACAAAUAAGACUGACUAAUGAGCUUGAAGAAGCUGUAGAUAAUUUAGAAAAGUUUAAGGAAAACAUUGAGAAACCUUUACGGGAAGAAGUAGAAAAUCAUAGGAAAAAAGUAAAAGAAUUGCUAGGCGAUUUGGAUGUGAGAGAACAAGAGAAAAAUGAAACUGAAGAAAUGCAUAGGAAAUUGGUGAAAGAGCUGAAGAAGAUCAACAACCAAGCUUGCAGAGAGUUGGAAGAGAGUGAAGUAACAAUCAGCGAAUUGAAGGAGGAAGUGCAGACUCUGGAGAGAGAAGUGGCGGACUUGCGAGCUGCUCUUAACCAUGAGCGAGUGAGCAGUGAGAGAAAACUGCUUGAGGUGGGUGCCGAGCUGGAGGCCAGGGACCGCCAGUUACGCAGUCUGGGCAGUGACAGUCUGGCGGGCUCUCUGCAUGAGGAACUACUGGAUGUGGACGCGGCUGAGCGCCGAGUUGACUACGAGUCAACAACGGAUGUUGCAGCUUCCGCUACGUCACCCACCGCUCGCUACCUUCCAACGUGUGAUUGCCAAAAAGCAGAGCUAUUAAUCAAAGAAUUUAAUCCAAACAAUACAGAUUUGGAUCAAUUAACAUCAGCAUAUCAACAUUCCAGAACUUGUCGUCAUUGUAAAAACACAACAGCAGUAGAACUUAGGCGUAUUUUAAAUGUGCUACAAAAGACAGCUCCUCAAAGUAAAAUGGCACAAAUCAAUCAUCUUCUACUAUUACGCCCGGAACAAAAUGUACAGGAUGAGGCACAAGUCUGGGUGCUCCCCUAUAAAAAUCUAAUGGAGAGUGGGUACUGGCAGAAGGCAGGGGAGACGGCGGCCUCGCUUCGGUGGUCUGUCUAUACACUGUUGGCCAAGUGCCGCGUGAAGGACCACAUGAUCCGCUGUCUUGCCGACCAACUGCGCACCUGCCCUUGGCUCGUACAGGACCUCUUCAUACACCUCAGCGCAGACCCUCCCCACACCUUUGACUUCAACCGUACCUCCCUCUAUGAGUACAUUCAUCACACACUCAGCCCGAAAACUUCUGGCAUCGUUCAGGACUCUGAUGACCCUGGCUACUCGAGUGUCAACCCUCUGAUACUGCGGGUGGUUGAGGAGCAAGGUCCUCACAGUCUAUUGGUGGCAUGGACGAAGCCAACGUCAAACUUCAUCGUAGAAUUUAAGAUAGUGGUGGAAGGUCAGCUUUCUGAGAGGAUCUACUCAGCUGCCCGAUCCUCCACUGUUCUUCACCCUGUGGACCUCCGCUUGCCUGUGAUUCUGACAAUCUACGCUCUCCAAGGGUCCGGCGAAGUAGUCCAAAAACACUCAAUCAGAUACUCUCCCCAGUGACACCAAUGGUGCCUUAUCUAAGACAAUCAAACAAAGUGUGUAACAGCCCCCUCCCUAGUCCGCCCAUGUGUCUCUAGUCGUUUAAUUUUUACCAAUGUAUUACUAACAGUUAAGUUUUUAUGUCAUGUCCAUGUUUAUGUUGUACAUAUGUAUAUAAAAACAUCCGUACAAAUGUGUAUAACUAUUUUCUUAACCAUUGUUUACCACAUUAUGAGUUCUAAUAAAUUGUUAUCAUUAAGAA